AUGGAUGACCUUCGGAAGGGGCAUUUGGUUGAUGCCUCUCUGGCCUACCUACAGAAGCUCGAAGACGAAAUGCGAGGUCUAAACGGGACUCAGCUCGUCUCAUCCGACAGCAGCACCCUUGGCUCCCCUAGGAAGCGAAGGCGACUGGAGAGCUACGGCGACGGCUAUAGCGAAGCCUUGAAGAAGAUCAGGAUCACCUCUGCUGGCCAGGACGGGUCGCGGCAGCUCCCAGCGGAGCUAUGGCACCACAUCUUUUCCUUUCUCCCGCCGGCUGCUCUUGGGCGCUGCCUCCGUGUCAACCGGUUGUUCCACAAAUACCUCGAUCCUGUCUCGCCCUUCAUCAUCUCUGCGAUACACGUGCCUACUACUCGUAUGUUGCCUACACUGGCCCCGGACGCCAUCUGGAGAGCGUCCAGGCGUCUUCACUGGCCAGCUAUGCCCACGCCGCUCAAGGGAAGGUUUGAAUUGGACAUGUGGCGGUUUGCCUGCACCCGGUCUUGCCAAUUCUGCGGCCAGCUGGAUAAAGCUUACAAUACCGCUGAGGAUUCUUCACAACGCCGCAGACCUGGCAAUACCACUGUAUCGCCUAUCUUUCCUUUCUUCAUCAAUUCGUGCGGCAACUGUUUGUUUAGAAAGAGCAUCAAGGAAUUUGAUUUUCAUUUGUCAUCAAGAUCAUCGUUCAUCUCACCGGGCCUUCCUAUGGUCUUUCUGACGGCUGACAUGAAUGUGAUCUCCCCUCAAGAGAUGCAAAGCAUCCCAGUGACCAUUACCCCUAUUCAGGUGACAAAGGUAUAUUGGCCUGCCCAAGUGGAGAAGCUUCAAGAAGAGUAUGAAGAAGUGAAGCGAUUUGGCGAUGCGGCUGUUGAGGAGUGGAAAAAAGGCUUGGAAGUUCGACACAUUGAAAUACUUCGUGACGCUUCCCGAUGGGAUAGGUGGCUCCUGUCAGGAGGCGUCCGCCAAAUGCGCAGGCAUUCGACCCAGCCAACUUCUACAGUUGACAAGCCGGAAUGGAUAGGGAGAAAAGGCUCAGAAAUUGCCAAAACUCUACAGAAGCAACGACAGGACGUUGAGACUACUGUGCGAAUUCAUAUCUCUAACCUCGCAGAUGAGGUCAUCAGAGAUCGCUGGGUUAAGGGACGCAGCGUCAAGAAGGGAAACUGUGCAGACUUCGCUGCGGACGUGCUGGCAUACGUCCGCAAACAGUUCUAUAAGGACGGAGCGAGGGCCGUGUCCUUGACGCGAGGACUAACUCUGGACGAUAUGAAAUGGGUAUUCGAGCAUAAGAUUGGGCCACACACCAAUAAUCACCAGAAGGACUGCUUUCGCUGCAAAGAAUGCCCGGGGUCAAAGCGUUACGGAUUUCUGGCCAUCAUACAACACUAUGCUAUGAAGCACGGCCCAAAGAAGUCGAAUAGCAUGACUAUACUUUGGAGAACGGAAUGGCCUAAGGAGCCGCCAUUCAGGUGCUCCGUGGAACAGGAGGCAUCUAUCAGCUCCACACCACCAAUGCAUCAAUAUUCGGGCGAAGGUCUCGUCGCCUCGAUGCAUGGUGUGCCGGACACAUAUUACGUACGCGAACGCCGCGAGCACGCCCCCUAUGCAACAGAGGCACCAUCUUCGGACAUGGCAUUGCAAAGAGAACAAAGCCUCGAUUACCGACAACCGAUAUCUUCUACGACCCUCCACCAAUCCUACGGCAUCGUUGAUGUACGGAAUUUGCCGUAUGGCUACUACAUUCAACAUCCCGCCAUUUUACGCAACUAUAGCAUUCCCUCUAAUGCUGUUUAUUACAACUAUACUCUCGGGGGAUCGUACAGCAAUACUGGAGCCUUAUCACGAGUUUAUAAUGUUUAUGAGUCACGAGAUCCAUUGGCCAAUAGAAGAUCGGGUGGUUGGGAAUGA